GAGAAGAGAAGAGAAGAGAAGAGAAGAGAAGAGAAGAGGAGAGGAGUUUCAGUUCCCCUGAAGGUGCUGGAUAGGGCUGAAAGAUGACCUAGCAGAAAAACAUAAAAGGAUGGAAAAGUGGGGAUACAGCAGGAUAAAUGUGGCUGGAGCCAGUGGAGAAAGAGGUAAUGGGAACUCCAGGGGGGGUUUUUGGCAAGUUCUGUAACACAGAAGGGGCAGUGCAGGGCAAAAAGCAGAAAUUCAAGGCGAGGUGAUGCAGGAUAUUGGAGCAUUCAGUGGAAACCACACCCUGAAACCCCUUCUGUGUCAGGACAAUAGAAUUAUUUCCUAAAAGAGAUGAAGGCAUUCAAAUUAUUUACGGGAAAAGCCCUGGUUUUGUGUUAGCUAAACUGCCCACUUUAAUGAAUAUUUAUAAUUAGGGAGGAUAAAUACCCUGUGCAAAGUCCCCCUGAGUUUCAGGAGCAGGAGAGAUCCACUGUGAGUCCGAGCUGAUAAAGAAUUCCGGCUCUCUGUGUCCGCACUGGUCCCUGUGGCCUCUCCCCUCCAUGGCCCUCCUGGCUCUCACCCUGGCUUUGCUGGCAAUGACCGUGGCCACCACGGCCAUAACGGUGAUACCCCUGGACAUGGCCCUGAACUCCUUCGAUGACCAGUACCAGGACUGUGGCCCUGCCAUGAAGGCAGAGCUGCCGGCCCUGAACCGCUCUGAGUUCCAGAAGAAUUCUCUGUUUGCCAAGGUCUGGCCAAUGGCCGUGGGCAUGCGGAAAUUUGGGCGAUACCCUCAGUACCCUCUGUCAUCUUCUGCCCAUGCCAUCGCCAUCAUGGCCUACACCAUGAUUUACCUGCACAAGGAGUUCAACGACGCAGUGAGAGUGGCCGGACGCUCCCCCCAGGAAUACCGGGACAGCUUCCACUUCAAAACUCUGCAUUUCCUGCUGACCGACGCCCUGGCCACGCUGAGGGACUUUCAGGGGCGACAAUGUUACUGUGUGUUCCGGGGGGUGGACCAGUACAAGUUUGAGGCAAAUGUUGGCGACACCGUCCGGUUCGGUCAAUUUGCGUCGUCGACGCUUUGUGAAAACGUUAUCCAUGAUUUUGGGACAACCACGGUGUUCAAGGUGAUCACGUGUCACGGUGCGUACAUCAGGAACUUCUCCUUAUAUCCCGGAGAGGAGGAGGUGCUGAUCCCGCCCUUUGAGAAGUUCAAGGUCAGCAAAAUCAUUGAGGGAACACAGAAUGUGCAGAUCCACCUCGACUCUUUUGGGACCUACAGCAGAUACAACUGCGAGUGGCUGAAAGGUAAGAGCAUCCCCAGGGCCCCUGCCACCUCAGAGGACUCCUCUGGGCCACCACAGUUCAGGCAAAGGGCACUAGGAUCCUCUGGGCCGCAAAGCCACCAAGGUCACGAAGAUCCCUGUAGUCACUGUGGCAACCACGAUCACCAAGACCACCAGGACAGCCAGAGAAACAAGGCCACCAAGACUACCAAGGCCACCACUACCACUAUGGCUGCCUUGGCCACCAUGGCCUCCGUGUGGUCACUGCGGUCACCACUGGCACUGUGA